UCUCUCCCUUUUCCGAGUCGACCUUGGCCGCUUCGCCCACGCGGGAAACUCUACCACUCUGGCCUCUGGCAAACCCUCCCGGUCCCCCUCAAGCCUCCCCACCCCCAUUUCCCUCUCUCUACCUUUCGUGUGAAGAAAGAGCGCAGCGUUACGUCAGACUGUGCGCGGUAAGCGAGAGCGCGUCUUUGAGGGUUUUCGUGGCCACUGCUGCCAAACUCCGCUUGGGGCAGCUCACCACUUUACUUCGGCCAAUGCACGUCAAGUCAAGCUUUUUAAAAAAGCGGCGCUAUGUGGUAAGUCAACAAUCCAUUCCUGCUCUUUUGCUACCCACGCCGAUUUCCUCACAUGGCAUGUCUCUAUUGCUGGUACAAUUGACAAAGUGCCACACGGUGUAUGGUGUGUGCAGAUAACACAAGAAAAGAGAGCAUAUACCCUUACACCGUGAUGGCAUGAUGAAGCAGCAACAGAGUCGUUUGGCGCACAGAGCUUUCUGCAGUAUUUCUUGGUGUUUGGUUUUUUGCUGAUCUCAAAAACAACAUGCCUCACGCUCGAAAUAGGAACCCUAGCCCCAUUCCGGAGGUAACAUGGGACACGGGCUUGAAGGAGAUGAACGAGACGUGGAAAGGAGCGAUCGCGUGUCUCGGGGUGGCCGUCUUCUUUGUAAUGACCAUUGGGAUCAUAUACUGGCAAGUGGUGGACCAGCCCAACAAGAACUGGAUCCUUAAGGGGACUUUGAGCGGAUUGAUCUGGGAAAGAAGAACCCACUCGCUCGUGAUCCAGACCCUGACGGAGGACAAGACCUACGUGGAGAUAGACGUCGGGAACGUGGGGAACCCUGACCUGGAGGUCCCCUUCGUGAGGAACCUGUGCUGGCUCAACAAGACCGAGUUCUGCUACACGUGGGACGCGGUGGCCGAGAUCAAAAUCUCCCUGGAUGUGAAUGAGGACACGGAGACCGAGUGCUACAGUAUGACAUGGACGCCGGUGCAGUGCCAUGUGCAGCUUAAGGACUGCUUCUCCAUGACAAACGUAUCCUGGUAUGGCGGCGCCAGUGUCAACGGUCAGACGUGGCCUAUAAAUGAUCAAAACGCCACCAUGCAGCCCUUCGUUGUCAGCGAUCUCAAGGAGAAUCCCUUCGGUUUCGGCUCGGCUCUCGAGCGAUACUUCCUUGGCUCGUCAGGCGUUGCAGUGCUGGUGUCUCCUGACCACCCUCUGCAGCUGGGGCUGGACAGCAGACAACAGUUCUGCUUACAGUCACUGCCCAGUAUGGCGCUUCUACCCCUGCAGUACACCGUUUGUGUAGCCAACAACGUGAAGGCUGUGCACCAAGAAGCAAUGCAGCAGCUCUCCCAGUUCACUAGGGAGAUACCCGACAUGAAGGCGCUGUGGCUACCAUCUUGGAAGCUCCUCAGCAAUGUGGAUUCAGGACUAAAGGUGGAGAGGGAGCUGAGGACCUUCUCUAAUCGUCUUAGAAGACACCAACUAGGGGAUGGAAUCAUCAGCCUUAAUGAACAUUCCACCAACCUCCUCUCUGAAAUGGACCAUGACUACCUCAACAGCAGGAAGAGGGGGGCGUCCAAGAGACAAAGCAGGGAACUCCCACUUGUGAAGCUUCUUAACAUUUCCGUCACUCUGUCCCCUUUCCUGAGCGUGGACACCACGCAGUUCCAUACAUCCCUCAUGGACGGCACUGAGGCCUUCUGGCUUAGUCUCCCCUCGGCGCCUCAUGGACAUCUGGUCCCCUUGAUGACUCAGUGGCGAGGGAAAUUCUGUGUAAAGCUGAAUGUCACAAACCCAGGAGCGGUAAGCUGGUUCCUGGACAAAGUGGGAUCCAUACAAGCCCAUUUGGAAAUGGAGUACAUCCUGCUGGAGGGUGGUGAGAGGAAUCUCUUUGAGGAGCAGUCCCUACGGCCACCUGAGGCGCUAGGUGGGGACACAUAUAUCAGCCUGCUGGCUGACGUGGCUGCCAGAAUUGGAGAUUCCACUAUCAUGUCAGCGGGGACAAGGUCUAGCAACAAACCAGUCUUUCUCAGGAUGACCCCUCUGCUGUCUGACUGGAGCCCAAUGGGCCUGAAGGGCAUCAUUCCCUCUCUGCUACACCACACUGUGCUGGGAUACAACUUCCUCAUUCCAGAUGCAGUAGGUGGGUCUUUAUCUGGAGACAUGGUCACAGAUGAGGAGUUGUACAUCCGUUGGCUGGAGAUCGUGUCCUUCCUCCCUGUAAUCAGCUUCCAUACACCUCCAUGGGUCUGUGGAGAGGAACAGGUGCUAAACUUAACUCGGAUAUACAUAACAAAGCACCAGAGGGAUGUGGUGCCACUCAUCGAGAAGUAUGCCAAGGAAUGGCAGGAGACGGGAAAUCCCAUCUAUCGGCCCAUGUGGUGGCUCAAUCCAGAGGAUCCCGUAACCUUCACCAUUGACGACCAGUUCCUCAUUGGAGAUGAGGUUCUGGUGGCACCUGUGGUGGAGAAGGGGGCAGUGAGGAGGGACAUUUACUUACCUGACGGGGGCUUCCAGUGGCAGGACAGCCAAAACGCUCAGGUGUUCGAUGGAGGGACGUUCCUACAGGACUACCCUGUGCCCUUGGAGGCGGUGGGUGUUUUCUUACGGCGAAGAUGAGUCACAUGUGACUUAUCCUGUUACUGUCUCCAAUCAUAUUUGACACUCGUGCUGUUUUAAACUUGCACUUUUUCCACAAGAGACCAUUGACCUUGCCUCAAUGCCAUGAAUUGAGACAACUUGUCAAAAUAUAACUUUAUACUUGCACUUUACAGUUCGACAUGAUUUCUAUUUUUGUUUUUCUUUGGGUGUAGUUUUCUUCUUUUUUUUUUUUUUUAAGACUGUUAAUCAGUUUUACCUCUUGGAUGAUUUUGAUUUAAUUUUGUUUUUUUUUGUUAUGCUUCUUUGUAUGUAAGUUCUGGAGAAAUAUGUGCGUUUACAUACUUGUUUUUGCUUUUCUACAGUCUAAAAAGGUAUGAACUGCUGCUGUCUCUCUCGAAAAGGAGGGGCAAAACACGCCCCUUGUUGCUUAAAAUGAAGUUGAAUCUCUCAAGAAGACCAAAUGAAGUGAAAUGAAUAUGGUGUUGGAAUGGGCUUUAUUGAGGGAACCUUAGCUCUCAGAAACUUUGUGCAGACACAAUCCUUGCUCACACGUUUUGAAAGAAGGCUUCUACUUGAACCGCUUAGGCCACAGAGCUGAUGUUUGAAUGAAUGUAACUCGCCCACAAAUUGUCACUCUUUUUCAGUAUCAACAGACACGCCAGAGUAUAACACCUCCUUAAGUUUAAACAUUUAUUUGGUUUCAUUGCCUUAACGGCCCUCAGAGAGAAAACGUAACUCCAAAGAGACACGCGACAAAAAUGAGUUUGACACCCCUGAAUUAGAGGGUGUGCAUACUUUUACAACUCCAUAAUGUCAGUUGUUUAUUUUUACUUAUCCUCCUGAAAGGAUUGCUUUUUUAAACUGAGUUGUUCAUGUUAUAGGUCAUGUUAACCCAAAAAAAAAAGGAUUACUCAUGGUCU